AUGAGAAGCAUAUAUGGCUUGCACAUUGGUUACCAUAAAGCAUGGCGUUCCCUCCAACACGCUUAUAAUGUCAUAAGAAUAAGCCCAGAAAAUAACUACACACUUCUACCACAAUAUCUUCACAUGAUGAAAUUAAGAAAUCCUGGAACAGUUGCUAACAUCAAAUGGACCGCUGACAAUAAGUUUAAGUAUGCUUUUUUCGCGUAUGGAGCAUCAAUUGAGGGUUGGAAACAUUGCAGACCAGUAAUGAUGGUGGAUGCAACCUUCUUGAAAUCAAAAUACCGCGGUGUGCUCAUGAUAGCAGUAGCAAAAGAUGGAAACAACAGCAUAUUUCCUCUCGCAUUUGGUAUUGCAGACUCUGAGAAUAAUGAAUCCUACAGGUGGUUCUUCAGACACGUGAAAAAGGUGUUUGGCACGCGCAAAGACCUAUCAAUUCUUUCCGAUCGCCACUCAUCAAUUGCAACUGCAAUCAAAGAACUGUAUCCAGAUACCCAACAUGGAAUAUGCAUCUACCACAUGGAGAAGAACUUGCAGAAAUAUUUCCCAUCCGAAGCGAUCCUAUCACUGUUCUACAAUGCAGCAACUACCUAUAAACAGGCAGAGUUUCGUACCUAUAUGUCACAGAUACAACAAAUCGACCCAAAAGCUGCAGAAUACAUAGAACAAGAACCACCGGAAAUAUGGGCACGUUCAUUCCACACCAACAGGCGUUACAACAUGCUCACAACAAACAAUAGAAAUUUGGACGCAACAGGACCGUCCCAUGACCUGACAUGUUGGGCUGAAAAGAUUCUGCUUGAAAAGAUAAGUAGAGGCUUUACAAUGAAAGUAGAAAACAUAACUCUCGUCAAAUUUGUUGUGAAAGAUGAAGGAUAUCAAUACAAUGUAGACCUGAAGAAUAUGACUUGUGAGUGCUUGGAGUUCCAAACUGACGAGUUACCGUGCACACAUGCCAUGGCAGUUAUAGACAAAAGAAGUUUGCCAAAAUCUACAUACUGUGCGGACUGGUUCAAGAAACAAGUCUGCCAAGAGACAUACAAAGGUAUAACAGUUUUUGCCGGGAAAACAAAAUUGGUAUCUCAAAGACUACAUCCUGGUUUUGUCUUUGUUGCUGGUUGUGGCAAGCUCUCUGAACUUAAUUUCUGCCGGAAAGGGUGGAACUUCUGUUCAUAA